AUGGAUUUCUUCAAACUAAAGAAGUUUAGGAAGGACCACAAGCCAAAUCAGGAACUUGUUUCUGAGCCAGUGCUGCAUCCGGAAGAACCCAAGAAAGACCGUGUCGAUGCAUUGGGUAAAUCGGUUAAUGCUGAUUCUGCCAAUUCUGAAAAUGAAGAGGAUGAUGAUGAUUUUAUCACAAAUGAGGUAAAGAGAAGGCUGAAAGAGCUGCGGCGAAACAGUUUUAUGGUGUUGAUACCUGAGGAAACGGCUCCAGAGGACGAGGACGUAGAAGAAGGAGAAGAAGAAGAAGAGGGGGAGACCAGCUCUUGUGAGUGGAGGGAUGUGGAGGCAGAAGGCCGACAGUUCUGGUCUGGGUUUGAUGCCGUGUAUGACAGAUACUGUGAGAGGAUGCUGUUUUUUGAUCGAUUGAGUGCUCAGCAGCUUCCGGAAGUUGGCUCUCAUGUUCUCUCAACUCCGUCACCAAGAUUAGCAUCUAAAAAGCUUGCAUCUCCACUUCGAUGCCUUUCAUUGAAAAAAUUUGAACCACCGGAAGAGGAAACUGAACACCUGCAGCAGCCUGAAAGUGAUCCAUGUCAGGAUCUUGAAACAGCAUAUGUAGCACAAGUGUGCUUGACUUGGGAGGCACUUCACUGCCAGUAUACACAACUGAGCCAUAAAAUAUCUUCCCAACCUGAAAGUUCCACCUGUUACAACCAUAGUGCUCAGCAGUUUCAGCAAUUUCAGGUUUUAUUGCAGAGGUUUAUUGAAAAUGAACCAUUUGAGCAUGGUUUAAGGCCAGAAAUCUAUGCUCGAGCAAGAAAUUCAUUACCUAAACUGCUACAGGUUCCAAAGAUCCAAGGUUCUAAUGAGAAAAGGACAGGGGAAGAGGAGUCUGAUUAUGUGGUACUUGCCCCUGAUCUAAUUAGAAUUAUGGAAUGCUCAAUCCUAAGUUUCCGCCAAUUCAUGAAGAUGGACAAGAAAAAAUUAGGUGGCAUCCGUAAUUUAUUUGGAAGUCAGAACCAGAUGGCUACACCACUUCAACAGAUUCAAUCAUCUCAUGAGAAGAAAGCAUUGAAACUGAAGGAACAAUGGAAGAGAACGAAGAGCUAUAAAAAGAAGUCAUGGCCUAGUACACAAGAGGGCACGGAAAUGUUGCUUGGACUUAUUGAUGCCAAAAUCGUGUCAAGGGUUUUACGAAUGGCGAGGAUUAGCAAAGAGCAACUAUUUUGGUGCGAAGAAAAGAUGAAGAAAUUAGCCAUAUCUGAUGGCAAGCUGCAGAGAGAUCCAUCACCCAUUCUCUUUCCCUGA